CUGACUCUGAAAUAGCUAACCACUGUCCAUCAGCAUCACCCAAACAUUAGCUGUCCGAGUAGCUUUUAGCUAAACUCCCCACAAACUCAUAUAAUCUAUGAGUCGCAAAAGAAACUACAGUUUCGCUGAAACGAGCCUGUCUCCUCCGCCCCACGGCGCGUUCAUGGAACCUUCCGGGUCAGCCAGCCGAACCGACGGCGAUUUCCUGGAGCUGGAGCCCGACGAAGAGCUGCUCUUUUCAGUCAACGACAUCACCGAGCACCUCGGCAGAAAUAUCACCUUGGUGCUGGAAACAGCGCUGUCCGAGAUCCGGAAGAUGGUCAGCAUCAGGAUACGAGUCCUGAAGAUGGAACUGCGCGAGAAAACGGAAGAGAUCGACGUGUUAAAGGCGAGACUGGACAUAGUCCAGAAGGAUGGCAGGGACCAGUUCCCCAGCGCUGCGACCGCGGAGCCAUCCACAGAGUCCGGCUACAAGAAACCAAACAACGCCGACCCCCGGAGAGUCAAAGGUGUCAUGACCGCCGUGAAGAAAGAGAAUAUAGAUGCCAUUUGUGAUUAUCUGAUGAAAGACAAGAACUCGAGAGGUUGCACCGAAAUAGACGGGGACCAGAGCAGCCAGACCAACGGGGAGAGGGAGGCUCGACCGGAGCAGGACCCGCACUCGCUCACCCUGUGGCCUGACAGCGGUAUGGCCGGCUCCGGCUCUGGCCACGGAGACUCCGAGUCCACCACAGAUGACAUAUUCAGUAUGCUUCCUUCUGGCAGCAAACGGAUGUAUGAUUACGAAUGGAUAACACCGAUCGAGUAUUCCUCAGACCUGAAAGUUAUGAAGGACCCUGAUUGUGAUAACACCCUGACUGGCGAGACGGAUGAUGAUGAUGAUGAUGAUGAAGAUGAGACAUCGAGGAGGGAGGGGGAUGGACUUGACCAGGACCAGGUUCCGCUCUCACAUGUCCAGCCCUCUGACUUUACUGUUGAACCCCUGAGCUCUUCAGGAGAUGGAGGCAGUCCCCUGGAUGGCAACACAGACAACCCUGAGGCAGGUCAACAGUUCACCAGUCACACCUACAUCUGCUCUCUAUGUGGAACCUUCUGCCCUGAUUCUAUGUUCCUGGAAGAACAUAUUAAACUGAUACACUCAGACUCUGCUGGUGCCCAGACUCUUCAGGCCCUCCAGUCCACCUCCUCCGCAGUCCCCACCAUGGGGAGCAGCAGCAGUGACUCCAUGAGGAGUGAAAAAGAGCAGCACGAAGAUGGCACAGGACCAGGAGCUGGUGUGGGCAUCAGUCGGGGAGGAGGGCUUGUGAAAAAGGAGAUUAAAAUUGAGGGGGGUUAUGAGUGCGGGGACUGUGGCCGCCAUUUUAACUACCUUGGCAACCUGCGACAGCACCAGCGUAUUCAUACCGGCGAAAAGCCCUUUAUGUGUCCAGAAUGUGGAGAGAGAUUCCGCCACGCAGCCCGGUUAAAAAGCCACAGGCUGGUGCACAGUGGAGCCCAGAGCCCCUUCCCAUGCCCUCAGUGUGGCAAAGGUUUCUCAGUGCUGUCUGGACUCAAAAGACACCAACGGGUCCACACUGGUGAGAGCCCAUAUGCUUGUCCUCAGUGCGGCCGCCGCUUUAAGGAGCUUGGGAACCUGUACACUCAUCAGAGGAUCCACAGUGGGGCCACACCUUACUGUUGCCAGCAGUGUGGACGCAGCUUCCGCCACCUGGGUACCUACAAGAGCCACCGCUGCACCCCGGCACAGUAAGCAGAAAUUGAACGGACAUGGUGCUGGUUCUGUGGGUUGGGUCUUCAUUGUGUGUCUGAUUCCACUGUGGGAGGUUACUGGUCAUGUGGAGAAGGGGGCUGAAUUUUCUGGGAUGCUGCCCAGGCUUCAGUGUUCUGUCCUUGUCCAUUCAAGGCAUUUUACCUCAGUCCUCAAGAAAUCCUUGAGCUUGAAAGUCUAUUUCAGACUUUGGAAGCAGCAGUUUUAGUCUCAACUCAGAGUUAUAAUUACUUGUAGCAAAGCUUUCAGUGGUCUCACACACAGGGAUGCACACUAUGGAGUUAAUUCAAUUUAUACCAAUAACCGAUAAUUACCCGAUUUCGUGGCCGAUAGAAUAGCCGAUCUCACAUUUUAAAAUAUUUAAAAAGAUAUCGCACUCCUCUGUGUGCAGUGUUUCUCAUGUUAACGACUUCAUCCAGCCACUGAGCUACUUAACUCAGAGGUCCAUAUGGCCACCAUAAAACUUAUGUUGGUGUUGAUGGGACUAGGAAUGUGUGUGGUGACAACAUCCUACAGAGUAGCGUUCCUCAUGAAGCCACAAAUUAGUGCCCGAACCCGAAAAGACCCAGAAAUGCUCUACCCGAAACCAAGCAGGACCUGUCAUUUGAAAGCUGGGAUGCUGGACGGACACCCGGCAGGGAGAGUCCGACCCCAUAGGCCUAGAUUUCUCAUCUGAUUGCUUUAACAAGUUUAUUCACAAGGUGUCAUAACCAAACUUUGUGUCUUACCCAAUGCAACAUUAGCAGCCUUCUCCACUGUGCCUGGCUGUGAAGCAUAUGAUCCAUCCUCUAAGAUAGUUUUUGAAAUACAUCCAGGUUUUCUGUUAUUCCUCUUACAAACACACACGACACACACGACAAACACAGACACACGCACACACACUGUGAACCCGUUUGGGUGAACCUGGGAAGACCUCUGGUGCAGUGCAGGUAGGAACAUGUCACAAAUGCACUGUAGGCGAUAAAUUAUACUGAUAGUUAAUUAUUUUUCACCUUAACAGCUGUUUCUUAUUCCUUUUCUUUCACCUUAGGAGAUUUGUUACAUUUAAACUUACAAUCUUUGACCCUCCUCUCGGGAAUCCAGUACAGUGCAUUGCUGCCACCUGCUGGCCUAGUUAUGUUAUUUGAAUUAUUGUUAUUAAAAUAAUGUAAAAGAACAUACAUACAUAUUUUUCACUGUCUAUUUUGCCGUAAAAACAUGUGGGGAAAAUAGGCAAGACUCCAACUCUUAAGAAGAGCGGCUGUGUGAGAAAACCCCUCAGUCAAGGUUAGUAACUGUUUGCUAGUUUACCAAUUCCUUUUUUCAUACAAAAGAUUGGUAGCGUUUAAAACUUUUAAUUAAAAAACAAUUCAAUAGGUUUUAGAAUGAAUUUGUUGUUUUUUUGCCUUAUAUCUCUUUUUUGCUGCGAGAAAACAGACUUCUGACUUUUAGCCUUGAACAACUUAGAUAAGUAACUUCCACCACAGGCUCAUCACCACAUAACGACUAAUGCUUUUCUAAAAUUGGUAAAAUCUUUUUCCCUAGCAGAGCUGCACAUGGAACAAGAUUCACUCAGCCCCUCCCGACUCUGCUUGUUCUCUCCCUCUUGCUCACGCCAACACACACUCACAUACACACAGACACAAACAUUGUAAUUGAAAAGAUCUAUACAUGCAGACUAGAUUGAAUAACAUAAUUUGGUCUUUGUGAACACAACUGGCGCAUAUAAUUACUUGCGCAUAGAAUGGGGGGAUACGAUCACAAGUGGCUACAGGAGACACAUUCAGGACAGAUUUGAAUGCCAGGUGUGAACAGACAAACUCAAGAGCUGUCCACUCGUUAUUAACUCUCAGGACAGCACUUUCAUGACCUUAGAGGUUAUAUUUGUGAGUUCAAUGUUAUCAUGACGGAUGGCAGCAACGGCCAGGACUACACUCACUGGAUUACCAAUCUGAGAUGCUGUUUUUCACAACCUACUGAGAGAAAAAAACCUUGUCAAGCUUCAUCAGACUUUGGUAUGAUCGGAAUUCCACAGUUCAAUUAGCUAAACAGGACAGCUUGGUAAAACGACAGCAUUUAAAUAGAUGUGUGUAUGGCUCCAUAUAUUGAUUUGCAUCUUGAUCCAUUUAUUCUGAAGUACGCCCUGUCACCCUCACUUUGUGGAGAAGGAUGGAUCUUUUAGAGUAGUAGUGGGACAGCAUCCCCCACAUGUGGACCAUUUGUGUAACUGCAACAAAAUAUUAUCUUCUGGCUCAUAUGGUACUGCUAAUUUUCUUUCAUCAUGAUACUGUUUGGUGCUAUGUGUAGAGCAGGAAUUUUAUCAUAAUUUUUAAAAAGUAUUAUCUGAUGUUACAGACUAUAUACUGGAUAUUUUAUAUGUUUGCUUGUAUGACAACUAAAAAUAGUGCGAUUGAAAAAAAAAACAUACCUGAAGGAAAUUGAAUCCAAAAUAUCUGGUGGGUUUAAUCAUUUGAUCUCAUUCUGUGUAAGCCCAUUAGAAAAAUGAACACUUUUCUUAGCACUAUCGGGAAGACUAAAAAAAUUUAUGAAUAACAAACUUAUUAAAACCCGUGGAAGCUAAAAGCAAACCAUUGACAAUCUGCUUUCUUUUCUAAACUGUUGUCCUAAACUCAUGAAUGAAAGUGUGAAUUUUUUUUACCGAAACAAAAUAAAACAAUAAAACAAA